UCCUGUGUGUGUCUCAUUGAACUGAUCAUUCGAAAUCUACUUAGUAAUGAAGCCACCAUUAUGUCCUCCGUCAGUGAAGUAAAUGUUGAUAUCAGAGAUUUCCUGAUGAGCAUUAACUUGGAGCAGUAUCUCCUACACUUCCGGGAGUUUGGUUUUAAUACUGUGAAGGACUGUGUGGCCAUCAAUGACAGCGUGCUCCACAAAAUCGGAAUAUUGCCUACAGGUCACCGAAGGAGGAUACUUAAACAGUUACAGAUAAUCUUGACAAAAAUGCAAGAUAUCCCAAUAUAUGCUAAUGUUCAUAAAACAAAGAAGAAUGAGGAGACUUCCAAGGAUGGCCAGGCUCCCUCUUCUGAUGAGAAUUCCUGUGUAGAACCUUCAGAUUCAAGUCAUGUUCAGACACCUAGACCAACACAUUUGGAGAGUGUUAGGGAAAGUCUUGAUCAAAAUGACAUUAAUGUGGAAAACAGCCAGUCUCCUCAAUCAGAUAAUAAAUCAUCUCUUCCUAAACAUAACUUUUCCGAUUCAGAAGAAGAACCACACCCGAAUUUGGGUUCUUUUCAGGAUUCUUUAUUUGGCAGUAAAAGUAUUGAAGUAGACUCUUUGAUCACCAAGAAAAAUAUGGAUUGCACAAUCGGAGAACAAACAGAAAAAGUUGAUUUGAUUUCAGAAAAUGUGAGCAAGCUUCCCAGCCCAGACUCUGAAUGCCUUUCUUCUCUUGGCUGUUCAAAAUCAGAAGCAAAUUCUGGAAAUGGAGCAAAUGGUUUAUUAGAAAAAUCCCCACCAUCCCCAUUCUUUCAAUUCCAAGGAGAAAUGGUUGUAAAUGAUUUGUAUGUUCCAUCAUCACCAGUACUAGCACCUAUGAGAAGUCGCAGUAAGUUGGUUUCAAGACCUUCUAGAUCUUUUUUGCUAAGACAUCGACCUGUACCUGAGAUUCCAGGGUCAACAAAUGGACUUUCUGGGAGUUAUUUUCGUGAAAGAAGACUUGGUGCUACCUCCACUGGCAAAUCGGUGACCCAGCGAAAUCCAAAUGAGGAGAAUUCAUCUUCCAUUUUACCUUAUGGAGAGACAUUUCUCUUCCAGAAGCUAGAAAAUUCCAAGAAGAAAUCUCUAAGAGAUGUGUAUUGUAGUCACGAAGAAACUCUUAAAGGAGAAGCAACUGCUGAGAGGAACACUUUUUUGGUCAAAUCAAGCAUAUAUGAUAAUAGGAAGGAGAAAAUAAAUGAAGACAAAGUGGAAGAUAUUUGGAUACCUCGUGAGGACAAAAAUAAUAUCCCUGUUGAUUCUGCUUCAGAAUCAGAAUAUUCAACAGUGGAAGAAUGCUUUCAGAGCUUAAGAAGAAAAAAUUCAAAGGCAUCUAAAUCUAGGACUCAAAAAGCAUUGUCUUUGGACCCUGUUAUUAGGCAUAGUUAUCCGUUAAGCUCAACAAGUGGAAAUGCUGAUUCAUCAGGUUCCUCAAAUGCGAUAUCUCCCUAUGCCUGUUUUUAUGGAUCGUCUGUAAAGAAAGUUAAAUCGGGAUGGCUAGACAAACUCUCCCCUCAGGGAAAACGCAUGUUUCAGAAGAGAUGGGUGAAAUUUGACGGCCUUAGCAUUUCUUAUUACAAUAACGAUAAGGAGAAGUAUUCAAAGGGAAUAAUUCCCCUUUCUGCUAUAUCUACAGUACGAGUUCAAGGAGACAAUAAAUUUGAAGUUGUUACAACACAAAGAACUUUUGUUUUUAGAGUAGAAAAAGAAGAGGAGAGAAAUGAGUGGAUCAGCAUACUGUUAAAUGCAUUGAAAUCACAGUCCCUUUCCUCACAGACUCAAACAGUUGUUCCUGAGAAAUGUGGGUAUCUUGAACUGAGAGGGUAUAAAGCCAAAAUUUUUACUGUACUAAGUGGAAACAGCGUGUGGCUUUGCAAAAAUGAACAGGAUUUUAAGAGUGGACUUGGAAUUACCAUAAUUCCUAUGAAUGUUGCAAAUGUAAAGCAAGUGGACAAAACUGUGAAACAAUCUUUUGAAAUAAUCACCCCCUACAGGAGUUUUAGCUUUACAGCAGAGUCUGAAAAAGAAAAACAGGAGUGGAUUGAAGCUGUGCAGCAAUCGAUAGCAGAAACUCUCUCUGAUUAUGAAGUAGCUGAGAAGAUUUGGUUCAAUGAGUCCAACAGGAGCUGUGCAGAUUGUAAAGCCCCGGAUCCUGACUGGGCUUCCAUUAAUCUCUGCGUUGUCAUCUGUAAGAAGUGUGCAGGACAACAUCGAUCUUUAGGACCGAAAGAUUCCAAGGUUAGAAGUCUCAAAAUGGAUGCCAGUAUUUGGAGUAAUGAACUCAUUGAGCUUUUUAUUGUCAUUGGAAACAAAAGAGCAAAUGACUUUUGGGCUGGUAAUCUUAAAAAAGAUGAAGAAUUACAAAUGGAUUCACCAGUAGAAAGGAGGAAAGACUUUAUUACUCAGAAGUACAAAGAAGGAAGAUUCAGAAAAACACUUUUGGCAUCUCUCACCAAAGAAGAAUUAAAUAAGGCUCUGUGUGCUGCUGUAGUGAAGCCAGAUGUUCUGGAAACAAUGGCAUUGCUGUUCAGUGGGGCAGAUGUGAUGUGUGCGACUGGAGACCCCAUGCACAGCACCCCCUACCUGCUGGCUAAGAAGGCUGGACAGAGUCUGCAAAUGGAAUUUCUCUACCAUAACAAAUUCUCAGAUUUUCCUCAGCAUGAUGUUCAUUCUGAAGCUGGGUUAAAUCAGGAGUCCUCCCAGUCCACGUUCCUCUGUGACUUUUUGUAUCAAGCACCUUCUGCAGCUUCAAAACUGUCUGCGGAGAAGAAAGUGCUCGAAGAGACCAGUAAGAAAUGGUGUGUUUUGGAAGGAGGCUUCUUGAGUUACUAUGAAAAUGAUAAGUCUACUGCACCCAAUGGCACCAUUAAUAUCAAUGAAGUGAUCUGCCUGGCUGUACACAAAGAAGACUUCUAUUUAAACACUGGGCCCAUCUUUACCUUUGAAAUCUAUUUACCUUCAGAACGUGCCUUUUUAUUUGGAGCUGAAACAUCUCAAACUCAAAGAAAAUGGACAGAGGCAAUAGCCAAGCAUUUUGUUCCCUUUGUUGCUGAAAACUUAACAGAAGCUGACUAUGAUUUGAUUGGUCAACUUUACUACAAAGAUUGCCAUGCCCUGGAUCAGUGGAGAAAAGGCUGGUUUGCUAUGGACAAAUCUAGUUUGCGUUUUUGCCUUCAAAUACAAGAAUUUCAGGAAGAUAGAAUGCACUUACGAAGACUGCAAGAACUGACAAUAAGCACAAUGGUUCAAAAUGGAGAAAAAUUGGAUGUCUUGCUGUUAGUUGAAAAAGGAAGAACAUUAUACAUCCAUGGGCAUACCAAGUUGGAUUUCACAGUCUGGCAUACUGCAAUUGAAAAAGCAGCAGGUACAGAUGGUAAUGCAUUACAAGAUCAGCAGCUCAGCAAAAAUGACGUUCCCAUUAUCGUGAACAGCUGUAUAGCAUUUGUUACACAGUAUGGUUUAGGCUGCAAAUAUAUUUAUCAAAAGAAUGGUGAUCCUUUACACAUAAGUGAACUCUUGGAGAGUUUCAAAAAGGAUGCAAGAAGCUUUAAGUUGCGGGCUGGCAAACAUCAGCUUGAAGAUGUGACUGGUGUGUUGAAAAGUUUUCUGUCUGACAUUGAUGAUGCCCUUCUUACUAAGGAGCUCUACCCGUACUGGAUCUCCGCUUUAGAUACCCAAGAUGACAAGGGAAGAAUUAAAAAGUAUGGAGCAUUUAUACGUACUCUUCCAGGGGUCAACCGAGCAACGUUGGCGGCUAUAAUUGAACACCUUUACAGGGUUCAGAAGUGCGCAGAAAUCAAUCACAUGGAUGCCCAUAACUUGGCCUUGGUCUUCUCAUCCUGUUUGUUUCAAACCAAGGGGCAAACCAGCGAAGAAGUGAAUGUAAUUGAGGACUUAAUUAAUAAUUACGUUGAAAUAUUUGAGGUUAAAGAAGAUCAAGUCAAACAAAUGGACAUAGAAAAUAGCUUUAUUACCAAGUGGAAAGACACCCAAGUUUCCCAGGCUGGAGAUUUACUGAUUGAAGUUUAUGUGGAAAGGAAAGAACCUGACUGUAGUAUUAUAAUUCGGAUAUCGCCUGUGAUGGAAGCAGAAGAAUUAACUAAUGAUAUAUUAGCAAUAAAAAAUAUUGUUCCUUCUAAAGGUGAUAUCUGGGCCACAUUUGAAGUUAUUGAAAAUGAAGAGCUAGAGCGACCGCUUCACUACACAGAGAAUGUGUUGGAGCAGGUGCUCCGGUGGAGCUCAUUAGCUGAACCUGGCUCUGCUUAUCUUGUGGUGAAGAGAUUCUUAACGGUGGACAUAAUUAAGUGCUACAAUGGACAUGAAGAAAGGUACAGGGACAAGCUUGCCAUUGGCCGUAGCCACAGUCUGGGAGGAAGAUUUGGUCUUACAUUGAUGGCUCAUAUUCCUCCAGGUGCCCGUGGUGUGGGGGUGAAGAAAAAAAUGAAGCCUCCAACAAGUUGGGGAUUGACAGCAUACUUUGAAAAACAUCACUGGCACCUGUGUUGUGAUAGUUUACAAACUCAGAUGGACUGGAUGGCCUGUGUCUUCAUUGCCCAGCAUGAAAAUGAUGUCUGUCCACCCGCUGGAAAGGAACGAAAACGUUCUAUAACCAAAAACCCCAAAAUCGGAGGUUUGCCUCUAAUUCCCAUCCAGCAUGAGAAAACUGCAACUCAAGCCCGAAGAAAUAUCGAGAGUGCAAGAGCAGAACUCGAAAAGCUGUGGUUGAGUGAGAAGCACGAGCAGGACUCCGGGGAUCAGAGUUUAAAGGAGAGAGCCUCCAUCGUGGCCCACUGCCUGGAGCACAAGGAUGACAGACUAAGAAGUCGGACCAGAAAACACCGGAGUUUGAAUUGUCUGGAGGACACAGAGACCGAGGCCCUCCAGGGGCAGCAGAAAGCCCAGAGGGGCCUGAAGACGCUGAGGAAGCCUGAGGACAGGAGUAGUAAAGCCGCUUUGGACUCUGAUAACAAGUUACCAUCCAAGGUCAUUGAAGAACUUAGUGCUGUUCUCCAGCGGUCGAGAACCUUUCCGAAAGAGCUGCAGGAUGAGCAGAUUUUGCAGAAAGAAAUAAAAUGAAUUGUCUCACAUUAUUUUAUUAUUAUGUACAGCGGGGUUUUUGGCAAGACAAGCAAAACUAAUGUAAUUCAUGGUUCAGGAGAUAUGUCUCUAGCUUAAUUUACACAUUGAAGCGCAUUUAAAUAUAUGUAUAUACAUGAUAAGUGCAAGAUUAACUUUAUUUUGGUCUGAGCAAACCUUGUACAGUUCAUCUAUAUUUGUGUAAAAGAGGCAAUGGAUUACUUGGAGUGGCCAGCCUUUUAAAGUGGUCGCAUAAGAGGUGUAAUUUAUGACCAGGAUUCUUAAACUGUACUAUACUGUAUAAAAUACCAUGUUUAAAUGGAGCCUAUGAAGCUGUAUGUAACACAUUUUGCACUUUGUGAAACCUUGUAUAUAUUAAGUUACCAGAUUAUUAUUAGGUUUACAUAGGUUCCUCCUUAGGGAAAAGCAAGGAAGGAGGAGUUAUUUUAGUGGCUGCCUGUCAGUCAACACUGGGGUUUUAUAAAGAGGUGAUGAUGGACAAAUGCCCUGGAAGACCAGCUGAGAGUCGUCCUACUUCAGUAUUGACCAGAAAACGACUUCUUAAAGUAGUCGAAUGACUUUAGUUAUUUCCAAAAGUACUGUUCUUCCAACAAACCUGAAUCAUGGCACUGGCCAGUCCACUUUUGUGUAUGGUGUUAGUGACCAGCCACAGUAAACAUUCACUACACUGCAGUUCUUUGGAGGAGGCUGCAGAGAAGCUUGGCAGCACUGGAGAGGGAGUGCGCAGGACAUCGCUCUACCGCACAGCAGGCUUUCAGACCUCCUUACCACGCUCUUGGUACGAACAAAAUUCAUCAUAGUUUGUUAUUUUCCGUUGCUCACUUUUUAAAUAAGGUUGUAAAAGCUUGCAAUGUCAGAAUUCACUGAAAAGGUAAAAGUGGCCACUUUGGGUGGGACAUUGUGUAAUUCUGCUAUACAUUUGGGAACUACCACUUCACAUGUUAGUCUCAUUAAAUAAAGUAGUCGUCGCUUCUCUGUGCCAAAUAAUGACAAAGCCUAUUUUUGCCUUCACCUAAAGAUCGGCUGCUGAGUUGGUGAUGUUCCCAAGUCAGGCAAUAUUGUCUAAUUAUAGUUUACAUUAAGGGCAAGGAAGCAGCUUUGAUCAAUUUCUUUAGAACUUUUGUUAAGGUUGCGGUGCAUGAUUAAAAGGUAUCUCACAUAGUUAAGUUUUACCGCUGGCAGUUCUUUCACACACAUCUAUUUUUUCAGGUGUCUCUCUUAAUUUGUCUGUAUACAAAAAACCUGUAUUUCAGUCCAGUUACAGUAACAUGCUGUUCAAUGCUAUGAAUUCUUUCAUUGUGAAAUACUUAUAUUUGCUGGUGUUAAAUAGUUUACCAUGGGUAUAUUUAUUCUUUAAAUACAAAUUGUUUUUUUUUUUUAAAGAAAAGACUGCAGGUCAGUUUAUGAAAUAAGUGAUACUACUGGGGACCUUUAAGGCAAGAAAUUGUACUCUCUAGGGUAAAAUAUAAACUAUUCCUAGUAAAUGGUAAUACUGGUGUUAUAUGAAGUAUAAAAACUUAAUAUGUGGACACUGAUGGAAACAAAAAUAUCUUGAGAUUUUUAUCUGCCUUAUCUGAAUAUUUUGAAACUGGAGCUUCAAAUUUAGUAACUUCUUUUUCUCUGUCUUUCCUGUAUAACUGUUCCCAUUUUUCAAAUGUAAGGUAAGGGCUAAAGAUGAUAACAUAUAUUUUGAGUCAAAAUUAAAAUUUUAUAAGUCCACUUGAAUGGGGUUGUCUUUCUCAUUUUCAGAAAUUGAAGGAUGUAAUUGUGAAAUAGAUCUAAUUAAACAGAGUUCUGUUAUUUUCCAAAUAUAAUAUGAAAUAGUUCUAUUUUAGAUGCAUUUAUGCCAACAUGAUACAUAUUGGUGCUUCUGACUUCAUUUGUAUAGCCCUAAAGUUACUUAAACAUUUGACUUCUAAAUACAUCAUUACCUGAUGACCUAUCAAAAUAACAGAGUAGUCAAAUCUAAAGUAAAUGAAGCAUAAUUAUGAUUUAUGUAUAUGACCAUAUUAGCUGAUUUGCAUUGGCAUUGUUUAGAUGACAGCUGUUAAUUCCAAAAUAAACAGCAUAUAUUUCAAAAGAAGUAUCCUUUUAUUAAAAGUGUCCGAUUUGUAGCAUCCAGAUAUUUGCAUGUUUUCUCAAACUUUUGGUAAUUACUGUGGGAAAAAGAUGCUUAAAACUUUUACCAUCAUCAAAAUUUUCCUAUCCUUUGAGGAAAAGCUGGUAUGAAGAUUAUAAUAUGAACAUUUUUGUCUUCUGUACAAUCAUCUUGUUUAUCUCUAGUCUAUAAAUGCAGAGUAAUAAUGAACUUACAUGUAAUUCAUCUUUUCACACCCCAUAGUUACUUUAUUUUACUUAUUGAAGUUAUUCUAAAUUAUACAUGCAUCCCUAUUUUCUCUGCCAUGGCUACUGCAUGUUGAAUGUGAAGAUUUUGAAAAUUCAUAUACUGCUACAGAUUUAAAGCUUUUUGUAAAUUACUGGAUUAGAAUUCAGACUAAUAUUCCACAUCUGAGAAUGUAUUACCUAUCUUGUGGGCUUUAUGAAUGACUAGUUAUAUAUAAUAUAGAUCAUAUGUGUGUGUAUCACAUAUCUGGCCCAUCAAAUCACUUUAAUAAAUGUUAGU